AUGGAGAUAUGGAUCCUCCUCUUCUGGCUAUAUAGGUCUGCCUUGCACUGCCUGAGAGAAGCAAAGCCGGCUUCUGAAGAGGAACUCAGACUCUUUCACAACCCCUCGGAACCACACAGAAGGAACCAGGGAGCAAUCAUGAGUGAGAUUUCUGAGAAGAAUCCUAUGAUGGAUGCCCUGCUUGAGUUGAGAUGCCACUUCACGUGGAAUUUAAUGAGAAUGGAUAUAGACUUACCUGAUUUAGAAAACAGAAUUCUGGAUGAGAUUGAGUUCCUGGACACAAAAUUCAACGUGGGAAUUCGCAACAUACUAGCCUAUGUGAAGCAUGUGAGGGGUCAAAAUGAGAAGGCUCUGGAAAGCUUGAGAGAAGCUGAAAAAUUUAUCCAACAGCUGAAUGAUGAUCAAGCAGAGAUAAAAGUCCUUGUGACCUGGGGAAACUAUGCCUGGAUCUAUUAUCACAUGGACAGACUCCCUGAAGCCCAGACUUACCUGGAGAAGGUAGAAGCAAGCUGUAAGAAGUUUUCAAGUCCCUUCCGUUAUAAAGUAGAACAUCCAGAAAUUGACUGUGAGAAAGGGUGGGCCCUGCUCAAGUUUGUAAAGGAGUAUUAUGAAGAGGCUAAAGAUUGUUUUCAAAAGGCCUUGGAAUCAGAGCCUGAGAACCCUGAAUUUAACACUGGAUUUGCAAUCGCCAUGUUUCGUCUAGAUCGUUUUGUCAGAGACCAACCUAGUAUUUCUCUAGAACCACUAAAACGGGCAAUCACAUUUAACCCAGAAGAUGCUUACCUUAAGGUUCUUCUUGCAUUGAAGCUCCAGGCCUUUGGUCAAGAGGAAGAAGGAGAAAAAUACAUUACAGAAGCUUUAAAAAAUAUGUCAUCACAGCCCUACGUCUUUCGCUAUGCAGCCAAAUUUUACUGCAAGAAAGGGUGCAUAGAUAAAGCUUUAGAUUUCUUAAACAUUGCUUUGCAGGCCACUCCAACCUCUGCUGUCGUGUAUCACCAGAUAGGAUAUUGUUACAAGACAAAAGUCCUUCAAAUCAAGAAGGCUACCAACUACAGGCCACAAGGCAAGGAUAGAUAUGAUCUUGAGGAAGCAGUUCGAUCAGCCAUAUCUCAUUUUAAAACUUCAGUAGAGUACAGACCUACAUUUGAAGCAAGUCACAUAGAACUAGGCAACAUGUAUGCAGAAGCAGGAGACUUCCGUAAAGCAGAAGAAAGCUUCCAGAAGGUCCUGAGCAUGAACCAACUUCCAGAUAAUAUAAAGCAAGAAGUCUACUAUAACUAUGGCCGCUAUCAAGAAAUUCACAGGAAGUCUGAGGCUGAUGCUCUCGCCUGCUACCUGGAAGGACUAAAAGUAAACCCAGAAAAGAAAUAUCUUCUAAAUGCUUUGGAGAAACUUGCUACAAGGCGUCUUCGGCGAAAUGCAUCAGAUGUGGAGAGUUUGAGUCUCAUAGGGUUCAUCCACAAAAUGAAAGGAGAACCAGGAGAAGCCAUACAGUGUUAUGAAAAAGCCCUGGAGUCGGGAUCCUCCCUUCUGCUUUCUAGAACAUCUCUCUUCCCUCCAGAUGCUGCUCAAGGACUAGCUUCUUCUUGAACCCUUUUCAGAUCCCCACAGAUGCUACUGCAUCCUCUUCUCUGCAAACACCUUGUAUUUACAGAGUUUAUAUUCAUUCAUACCUAUUCCAUUCAUAUUCAUUCUGCGGGUUUUUUCAUAUUGACUUGUCUAUUAAAAUGUAAACUCCUUAAGAGUAAGGAUUAUUUCAUUCUUUGGAAUUGUGUCUCAAAUGUCUAGCACAGUGCUUAGCACAAUACCUAGUAUAUGGUAGGUGCCUAAUAAAUGUUUAUUGAACAAUGAUCCAAGACAAGUACAAAGGACUCAUGAAGGAAAAUGCUAUCCAUAUCCUGAUAAAGAACUAUUCCAAUUUCUAUUUUCCCAACUGUCCCCACUGCACUCCCUAUGGCUAAGUACUUUAUGAGUUGAUUGUUUUUUUUUCUUUUGACUAUAUAGCAUUGUACUUUAUCUGAAUGAAGAUUGAAGCAUAUUUUUUCACUUUAAUCUUUCUCAUUUUUUUUUAAUUUUUGAUCUGUAUC